AUGGAGCAGGGCUGGCCCCAGGGUGACAGCUGCAGCAGGGAGCGGCCCAGGGGCGCCUGUGGCCGCACCCUCAGCGUCUCCGACUCGCUGGACCUGCAGGGCUCCACCAGCUGGGCCAUCCAGGCUGCUCUCUGUGCCGCCAGGGAACAGCCCCCCCGGCCCAAGAGCUACUGCGCUGCCCAUUCUGGGGCACCUCCUUCCGGUACCCGCAACCUCCUCCUGAGCCUCCUCCGCCCGCGCACCGGCCGCCACCAGAGCCGGUCCGACGGACUGCCCGCCGGGGCCAGCCCCGAGCCCCCUGGGCUCCCUGGGCCCUCUGAACCGGCCACGCCUCCCAGUCCUGGCCCCCCGCGGAGGAGCCGGGCCCUGGGAGAGAAGAAGCUUCGUCCCCGGCCCACCAGCAUGACAUUCCUGGAGGUGAACCGCCUGGAGCUUUCGGGAGCCGAUGGCACCAAUGGGGGCCUGGGCCGGGCAGGGAGCUCGGGCUUUCUGAGGGGCAGUUCGCUCUGGAGCAGCCAGCGAUGGCAGGUAUUCCGGGGGAGCAGCGGGCGGAGCACAGAGUCCCCCCGAAAGGGCUUCUCAGCCUUGAGGAAAAGUUUCAGCUUCCGGCUUCGGCGGGGCCAGGAGAUUCGGCGUUCUGAGUCGGGACUGUUGCCCCGUGCCCGGGUUCGAACCAAAAGUGAUGGCGAUGCCAGUUCUUUACAUGCCUUCCCUAGUCGCAGGGACCUGCUGUACCCCGAGGGUAGGCAGGUGGCCCCAGACUCCGCCCGACCCAAUACAGGUGCCAACCUCUGGAAACUCCUCACGAGCCGCUUCCGCAGGAGAGAGUCUGGGUCAGCCGGAGCACCACUGCCCCCAGAGCCCCUGUGGAGUCGGCGGGCUGCCACGGCCCCAGUUCUCCUCGGGGUCCAGAGCUCCCCACGGGCAUCGGAUUCAUUUGUCAAUAGCCAAGAAUGGACCCUGAGCCGAUCUGUCCCUGAGCUUAAAGUGGGCAUUGUGGGGAACCUGUCUAGUGGGAAGUCAGCUCUGGUGCAUCGAUAUUUGACGGGGACCUAUGUCCAGGAGGAGUCCCCAGAGGGGGGCCGAUUUAAGAAGGAGAUAGUAGUGGAUGGUCAAAGUUACCUGCUGCUGAUCCGAGAUGAAGGAGGCCCCCCUGAACUCCAGUUUGCUGCCUGGGUGGAUGCUGUGGUGUUUGUGUUCAGCCUGGAGGAUGAGAUCAGCUUCCAGACGGUGUACAACUAUUUCCUUCGGCUCUGCAGCUACCGUAGUGCCAGCGAGGUGCCCAUGGUCCUGGUGGGCACUCAGGACGCUAUCAGUGCUGCCAAUCCUCGAGUAAUCGAUGAUAGCCGGGCUCGAAAACUCUCCACGGACCUGAAACGCUGCACCUACUAUGAGACGUGCGCAACCUACGGACUCAAUGUGGAGCGUGUCUUCCAGGAUGUGGCACAGAAGGUGGUGGCCUUGCGGAAGAAGCAACAGCUAGCCAUUGGGCCCUGCAAGUCACUACCCAACUCACCCAGCCACUCGGCCGUGUCUGCCGCCUCCAUCCCAGCUGUGCACAUCAACCAGGCCACGAAUGGCGGCAGCAGCGCUUUCAGCGACUACUCAUCCUCCGUCCCCUCCACCCCCAGCAUCAGCCAGCGGGAGCUGCGCAUCGAGACCAUCGCUGCCUCCUCCACCCCCACACCCAUCCGCAAGCAGUCCAAGCGACGAUCCAACAUCUUCACGUCUCGAAAGGGCACCGACCUGGAUCGGGACAAGAAGGCGCUGGAGUGUAAGGUGGACAGUAUCGGCAGUGGUCGAGCCAUCCCUAUUAAACAGGGGAUCCUGCUGAAGCGAAGUGGCAAGUCCUUGAACAAGGAGUGGAAGAAGAAGUACGUGACCUUGUGUGACAACGGGCUGCUCACCUACCACCCCAGCUUACAUGAUUACAUGCAGAAUAUCCACGGCAAGGAAAUUGACCUUCUGAGGACAACGGUCAAAGUCCCAGGAAAGCGGCUACCCCGGGCCACACCUGCCACGGCCUCCACUGGCGCCAGCCCCCGUGCCAAUGGGCUGGUCCUGGAGAGGAGCAACACGCAGCUUGGGGGGAGUACAGGAGCUCCCCACUCAGCCAGCAGCACGUCCCUGCACUCGGACCGGUCCCUGAGCAGCUCAGCCUUGGCGGGCCCUCGGCCAGAUGGGCUCCAUCAACGCUCUUGCUCUGUAUCUAGUGCUGACCAGUGGAGUGAAGCCACUGCCCUGCCCCCGGGCAUUCAGCAUCCUGCCAGUGGCCCAUCUGACGUGCUCAGCUCCAGCCCCAAGCUGGAGCCUCCUCCAUCUCCCCAUGCCAACCGUAAGAAGCACCGUCGGAAAAAGAGUACGGGAACCCCCCGGCCAGACGGCCCCACUAGCACAGCGGAAGAUGCAGAGGAAUCCUUUGAGUUUAUGGUCGUGUCACUCACGGGACAGACGUGGCACUUUGAGGCCUCUACUGCAGAAGAGCGGGAGCUUUGGGUCCAGAGCGUCCAGGCUCAGAUCCUUGCCAGCCUGCAGGGUUGUCGAAGUGCCAAGGACAAGACUCGCCUGGGCAAUCAGAACUCGGCACUGGCAGUGCAAGCCGUCCGCACCGCCCGGGGCAACAGCUUCUGUAUUGACUGCGACUCUCCCAAUCCAGACUGGGCCAGCCUGAACCUGGGGGCCCUGAUGUGCAUAGAGUGCUCAGGAAUCCACCGGCACCUGGGGGCCCACCUGUCUCGAGUGCGUUCCCUGGAUCUGGACGACUGGCCCCCUGAGCUGCUGGCGGUGAUGACCGCCAUGGGCAACGCAUUGGCCAACAGCGUCUGGGAGGGUGCCCUCGAUGGCUAUGCCAAGCCGGGGCCUGAGGCUUGCAGGGAGGAGAAGGAGCACUGGAUCAGGGCCAAGUAUGAACAGAAGCUGUUUCUGGCCCCCCUGCCGAGCUCGGAUGUACCCCUGGGGCAGCAGCUGCUUCGGGCUGUGGUGGAGGAUGACCUGCGGCUGCUAGUGAUGCUCUUGGCCCAUGGCUCCAAGGAGGAGGUGAAUGAGACCUAUGGGGAUGGGGAUGGGCGCACUGCCUUGCAUCUCUCCAGUGCCAUGGCGAACGUCGUCUUCACACAGCUGCUUAUCUGGUACGGGGUGGAUGUGAGGAGCCGGGACGCUCGGGGCCUGACUCCACUGGCCUACGCCCGCCGAGCUGGCAGCCAGGAGUGUGUGGAUAUCCUGCUGCAGCACGGCUGCCCUGGGGAGGGCGGUGGCCUGACCCCAACCCCUACCAAUGGUUCUAGCACCUCCACUGAGCUACAUCGGAGCCCCAGCCUCCUGUGAGGCCUGGGGAGAAUUGGGGGAUCCAAGGAGACCCCAGGACUUGGGGCUCACCUCCCUCCCCCUGCAGGAAAGGGGGAAAGACAUGUAGGCAAAGGAAGACACGGAGAGGAAGAAAUAGGGGGUGGAGAGGAUGAGAGAAGAGAUGAGACGAGAAGAAUGGAGGACAAAGGAAGGGAGGGAUUGGGGCUGACACCCAUCCCAGGGCCCUGUACCGUAGGGAGGAGUGGCCUGUUCAGCCCAGUGCCCUCUAGGUGCCAUUGAAAAGGGACAGGCCCUUUGGAGGCACCUGAAGGGAGGGGAGAGCAGGACCUCUCCCCUUCCCAUGCCUCCUGCCCUUCAGCUUUAUCCAAGAAUUGUCCCCCAGACCACGACUGGAUUAGCCUGGAGAUGAGGUGUGGAGAGUGGAUAGGACCUGGUGCAGAGCACUGGAUGAAGAACUUGAUGCGAUGGGCAAGGGGAUCCGUGAGCCCCGUGUAAAAUCUGUACAUUGGAAUAUUUAUGUUUGUGUACAUAUGUGUGUGUGUGACGAGACCAAUAAAUCAGACUGUGUGUGUGUGUCUGUC